UCUGUAAUAAAGUAUACAUAUAUUAAUACUAUUUUCAUAACAAGCCAAUAAGGUAUGUUGUCAAAAUUAAUACGAAAGAAAAACAUUUUAAGACAGCAUGUAAGUCGUCUGUAUUAUCGCUAUGGUACAUUUUGUUCGCAACAUCCCAUUCUUCUAUUGGGCUUCAGUAUUAGUGUUGUUGUUGUAUGCAGUUUGCCACUUACAAGUUUCCCUUUAUUCGAAAAGAUUCUGGCAUUCUUAUUUCAAAGAGUUAUAGUUAAUUACAAAACACACAUAACUCCAAUCUCUCAAAAUCUAUCUGAGUUUUUUGAAGACAAAUCUAACUUUGCAUAUGUUCAACAAAUAAUCUUCAAAGUCAAUUUGAUAGGGAAAUUGAAUUUAACAAAUGAUCAGCUUAUCGAAAGUACUUUACAUUUACCGUUAUUACAGGAGUUGGAUGAGCAACUUAGAAAUCCAUCAUCAAAUGACGAUUGGAUUGGUUCAUGUUUAAAACUUGUCAGAGAUCCACCAUCAAUGAUGUCAAUAAGAAAAAGAAUAACAUUUUCUUAUGGACGAUUUCACAAUGAUCUCAAAAAUAAAAAAUUUUUUAAUAUGAAAUGUUUAUUUAUAUCUCCUAUUUUAGCCAUUAAUAGCAACACUACAAACUUCAAUGAUCUUUCCACAUCUUUUAAAGAAUUGCUGUUUGGUCACCUAAUAAAUGAGAAAGAAUGGGAAAAGAAAGAGAAUAUUUUUAUUACUUUUACAUUAUUUUUUCAAAAAGAAAAUUCUAGAUUUAAAGAACAACUUAUAUCAGGUUUUAUGAAAAAAAAUCUUACUGUUGAAAGUAAUGGACAUUUAUGUAAGAUAAAUUAUGAGUUCUCAGAUGAAUCAGGUCCAUCAGAACUAAUUCCAUUGACAAUUGCCUACACUGUUGUGUUUUUCUAUUUAUGGUUUUCAACGGCUAAAGUUGAAUUUCUUCGUACUCGCUGGGGGCUUGCAUUUUCUGCUGUAAUGAACUUUUUAAUGUCUUUCAAUAUGGCAAUUGGUAUUUGCGUCAUGUUUGAUGUUCUUCCAACUACAUUGAAUGUGGGGCAGAUUUUUCCUUAUGUGGUUAUUUUAAUUGGUAUAGAAAACUUUUGGAUCAUAACAAAAUCUGUUAUGAGUACAAAAAAGGAUUUUGAAGUAAAACAUAGAAUAGCUUUAGGAUUGGGUAUGGAGGGUUGGUAUAUCACUAAAAAUCUUUUGGUUGAAAUUUUGCUACUUUUUAUUGGAUACGCUUCAGGGAUUGGUGGUAUGCAGGAGUUUUCUGUAUUUGCUCUGGCUUGCUAUCUCUCAGAUUUUUUCUUACAAUUUACUUUUUUUGUUCCCAUUCUUGCAGUUGAUGUCAGAAGAGCUGAGGUUGGUCUGCCUUUUACAGACAGCUCUGCAUGGAAAUACGCAUUUUGCAUUGAUAUUGAGAAACCUGGUGCCAUGAAAUCUCAUCCUGAAAUUUCAAAACAUAGAUUUUCUGCAGCUCUCAAACUAAGUUUUGGAGUUGCCAGAUACAGAGUUCUUCAAAGAUCCAUAAUGAUUUUGAUUCUUAUUUACUUUGCAAUGACAGUCUCAUAUCCGUAUCAUAGUAUUGGUCAGAACAAUCAGAAUAAUAGUAAUCAACCUCUUGUAAAUAAAAAGUCUUGUAUGAGUGAAGGUCAAGAUACUUCUCAGAUUAAUGCAACAUCAUCAUGGUUGCUCUUAUGUGGUAAACAUUGGCCAGAGUUGUUUAAUUAUUAUUUUGUUCACUUGAACGGCAGAUCUCUUGUAUUACUACCUGAAAUUAUUGUUAAAUUUAAUGUGACAGAUAAACAGUUAUCUCUUUCUCCUCGAGAGUUGCUCCCAUCAACCUUUUGGGAUGUCAUGAUAUCAUAUAUUUCACAAUUGUCAAAUCCUGGUAUUGCUGCUUGUUGUGUUAUUUUUUUAACCUUUACUUACAAACUGUUAAAGAUGGCGCAAAAAUGUGUAUUAAAUUUUGGCAAGGGUACAAAUAUUUAUUUAAGCAAGAUAAACAGCUUGGUUGUUCCCAAUAAAAAAUUUCUUUUUAAAAUCAAUGCAAUGGUUGUUGAUGAAGCUGAUACAUUAAUAUGCUCAUUUAAUAAUGGUUCAAUUUAUGUUUGGGAUUUGUACAAAAAUACAUGCGUCUACUACAUUGAUAGAAGAACCUGUGAAGUUAAGGCUUUUGGUUUGCCCAAAAGUACAAGUACCUGGUCAUUAAGCAAUGAGUUCAUAGCAAGUGAACAAGUACAAAAUCGAUUACCUUUAGCUGUUUGGUCUUUAGCUUAUAAAUCAGAUGUUUUAAUUGCUGGAUGUGAGCAAGGUUGUAUUGAGGUGUACUCAUUAGAAAAUGCAACCCUGCAGUGUCGUCAUGUAAGUGAAGAUUGUUCAGGGAUUGUUAGUAUUCAAGUUAUCUCUUGUUUACGGUUUGUGGCAGCUCAUGAGGAUGGUGUUGUGGAGUUUUAUCAGAUCAAAGCAAAACAUAUUGGUCACAAACGAACAAGUUCAUUGCCUGACCAACAACUAACAUCAUUUUCAUUAGAAGUUUCAAGGACAGUAUCUGUUUUUAAUCAACCAAUUGUUUUUAUGGAAAUUGCAAUACAUAAGAUAUUUAUUUCCUCAACUCGCGCUCAAGUAAAGGUGCUGAGAGCUAGUGAUGAUGGUGGGAUACCAAUGCAUUCAAACAUAAUAAAUGAUCAACAAAUUACAGCAAUGAAAGUUGAGAAAAGUCCGGAAGUUGCUAUCAUUGGCACUAACACUGGAAAUAUUUACAUAUUAAAUUCAGUUGUUCAAACAGUUAAGAGUUUGUGCUGCGGAGGUUUUGAAGUGCUAUCAGUAUGCUCAGAUGACAAUUACAUAGCUGCAUUAACUUUUGAUGGUGUUCUCACUGUUUGGCUCAAAGAGGGUUAUAUCAAAUGGUGGCAAGUAAAUUUGCUGUCUUACGGUGGAGCGUUUGAAAUACUUUCGAUGGCAAGAUAUACAUUGGCUGUUGUUACUCAGGAUACUGUCAUUUUGUUAAACGUCAUGUCAAGAAAUAUUGUUGAUACAUUUGAAUAUACAGAGCCAUCACCGGGAAUCAUAAUGGUCCAACCUGUUGUUUGCCAAAAUAAAAGCUCUAUUGUUUUACCUUGUGGAAACAAGGUCGUACAUUUACAGUUUCCGAACUUAGUUGAACGCGAUCGCUAAAUUUAAGUACUUUUUUAAAUUGAGAGCAUCAAUUUUCAAUUGUUAUCAAAUUGAAUAUGGUUCCGAAAAAGUUCAUUACUAUGAGUUUUUAUUAUCUAAAACAUUUUAUAGAUGAUAUAUUUAUUUUUGCAGUUUUUAGUAGUUUUUAUAUCCAUUUGGAUAUCUCGUAUUUUGAACGAUUCACCAACUAAUUUUGUACAGCGUCCUGAUAAAAAGAAGUGAUAAAAAUGAAUUGUCAGCUGUUUGCGUAAAAUAUUGUGCAUAAAGAAACAGUUGCAGAAAGAGAACUUUGCUGGAGGAGAUUAUGUUUUGGUUGUUGAGAUGAUAACUUAUUUGAACAGCAUUGAUGGUAGUAUUCAUAAAAAAGAGAAAGAUUUGGCCAGCAGUUUCAACUUUUAAGUUUUUUCAUUUAUGAAAUCUAUUUUACUUUUAAUUACAAUUUCAAAACUAAUUGAUUGAUUAGUAAGCAUAAAAUCAGCUUUUAAUAAAAUCAGUAGAUAUUGACAUAA